AUGCUGAAGAAGAUCAAACUGUUCAAGUCCAGGGUAGAAGAGGCACAGAGAACAAUAUCACACCAAUUUAUUCACAAACAGAAAAAAGCAAUUAGAAGUCUAUCGAGACUAUCACCCAUUUCAACAAAUAAUAUAAUAUUUAUAACUCAUAAUGAUAAAGAAACAUGUUCAAUAAAACAUGAAAUACAUGACUCAGAAGAUAAUUUUAAUUAUAAUGAAAUAGACUCUACAAGUGAUCAUGUAUUCGAAAUUAAAAAAGAAAGAAGACCUGCCAUUAAAAGUAAAGUAUUAAAAAGUCAAAAGAGGUCACAUUACAGAUUAGUCUAUGGUCCAAAUGUUUAUAAAAAGAGUUUAUUGAGAAAGAAGUUUUCAAUCAAGCCUACAGAUGUACCAUUAUGGUUGGAGAAAGAUAAAUGUAGUCAAUAUUUUAAAACGUGCAGGUUCAGAUGCAGAAUGUGCUUUGAAGGAUUCAAUUCUAAGGAGAAAUUGGACAGACAUAACUCGGCGCGCCAUGCUGAGACUCUUGGUCCACACAUUUGCCCCACGUGCAGGGCGCGCUUCCCUACAGAGGACUCGCUAGAGGCCCAUGUCCACGAGCACAUGUUCGCGCGAGCGUGCGCCCGUUGCGGCUUCGAGUGCUACACACUGCGGCGGCUGAACGCGCACAUCAUGCUUACGCACAAACUGGUCCAGUGCGUCUACUGUGGCCUGUGUCUCCCGAACGUGCGUGAGUUUCGCAAGCACUACCGAGAGAUGCACAGCGUGUUCGAGUGCGACCACUGCGGCAAACGGUGCAAGACCAAGUACAUGCUGGAGAAACACAUGAGUAGCCACUCGCAGCGCCACUCGUGCGGUCGCUGCGGGCGCGAGUACGCGAGCCGCUCGGCGCUGCGCAAGCACGACGCCGCCAAGCACGCGGCGCGCGGGGCCAAGCCCGAGGACGCGUACUGCGUGCUCUGCGACAAGCAGUUCCACAGCGCGCCCGUCUACCGCCGCCACCUGCGAGACGCCACCGCGCACGCGCACGAGACCGCCAGCUCGGUCAAGAAGGUGCCGUGUCCAGAGUGCGGCAAUUUGUACUCGCGGCGAGCCUACAUGAUGAACCACUACCGACACGUACACAUGAACCAGUCCAAAUACUACUGCUCGCACUGCGACCGGCACUUCCUUAACCGCACCCGUUACGUGGAGCACGUGCGAUACAACCACGAGGGAGCCAAGAAGGAGAGGAACAAACUGUGCAACGUCUGCGGCCGAGGGUUCGCGACCAAUCGUAUCCUGGCGAACCACAUCCGGACGCACUCCGGCGAGCGGCCGUUCGAGUGCGAGCACUGCUCGGCGAAGUUCACGCAGAAGCACUCCAUGCUGUCGCACGUCAAGUACAUACACAUGAAGGGCAAGCGUCGCCCCACUUGGCAGACACGAGACGCACAAUAA